UGGCCUCGAGGGCUCGGCGUCCCGGGCUGCGGGCUUGCCCGCGCCACUGCGGCCAGGCACCUAUGGCGUUUCUGAGGUGACGCGCUACUGGCACCGACUCUCUCUGGGGGCGGGGGCAUCACCCAUGAACCCUUCGGCAAACGUCUUCUUCCGGCGCCAGAACAUCGGGUCAGAAGUUGAGAGUUCCACUAUUGAGAAGCAGCGGAAGGAGCUGCAGGUGCUCAUUGGAGAACUGAAAGAUCGAGAUAAAGAGCUCAAUGAUAUGGUUGCAGUGCAUCAGAGACAACUUCUUUCAUGGGAAGAGGAUCGGCAGAAAGUCUUGACUUUGGAGGAACGUUGCAGCAAACUAGAAGGUGAGCUACAUAAAAGAACUGACAUUAUCAAGUCUCUCAUGAAGAAGGUCAAAGUCCUUGAAUCCAAUCAAGCAGAUUGUCAGACAGCUCUUCAGAAGACCCAGCAGCAGCUCCAGGAAAUGGCUCAGAAGGCCACACAUUCUGCCCUCCUCUCAGAAGACCUUGAGGCUAGAAAUGAAAAUCUCAGCAGCACGUUAGUGGAACUCUCUGCUCAGGUAGGACAGUUGCAAGCUAGAGAACAGGCUCUCACUACCAUGAUAAAGCUAAAGGACAAAGAUAUUAUUGAGGCAGUCAAUCACAUUUCAGACUGUUCAGGUAAAUUUAAAUUGUUAGAGCAUGCUUUACGUGAUGCUAAGAUGGCAGAGACAUGCAUUGUGAAAGAAAAGCAAGAUUAUAAGCAGAAAUUGAAGUCACUUAGGAUUGAAAUCAAUAAACUGAAAGAGGAACUAAAUGAAAAGACAACAGAAAACAAUGAACAACGAGAAGAGAUCAUUCGCCUCAAGCAAGAGAAAAGUUGCCUGCAUGACGAAUUAAUUUUUACUGCUGAGAGAGAAAAGAGGAAAGAUGAGUUACUUGAUAUUGCAAAGUCAAAGCAAGAUCGUACUAAUUCAGAGCUACACAAUCUGAGACAGAUUUACGUAAAACAACAGAGUGACCUGCAGUUUCUUAAUUUCAAUGUAGAAAAUUCUCAGGAAUUAAUACAGAUAUAUGACUCAAAGAUGGAAGAAUCAAAGGCCCUGGAAUGCAGCAGAGACAUGUGUUUAUCAGACCUUGACAAUAACUACCCAAAAAUCGAUAUUAAGAGAGAGAGAAAUCAGAAGUCAUUGGUUAAGGAUCAAAAGUUUGAGGUCACGUUGGCUCAGCAAAAUAGGUCAGACAAGAGCUCUUGUGAUGAAUGCAGAGAGAAGAAGCUACAGGUUAAUACUACGUUUGGGGAAAAAAGUGUAAUUGCUCUCUCAUCUCUAUUUACCAAAGACUUACUGGAGAAACAAAAGUCUUGGUCUCUGGGUGGAAAAAUCCAGACUGAACCCGAAAACAAAAUUACACUAUGCAAGAUUCAUGCAAAAUCACCAAAAAGCAAUGGAGUGGAGCUUCAGAUGGAAGAGAAGCAGCUCUUGGAAACACCCGUCUUGCUGCCUGAUGAGAAGCAGUGGCAUGACAUCAACGUUUACCUGGGCCUUUCUAACUGCUCUGCUUCCAAACAACCAGGAAAGCCUGAAGGGGACUGCCACGACCCCACAGAUACUUCUGAAAUCUCAUGCUGCACCCAAAAUGAAGUCUGUAUGGGUGACAUUGACCUGUGUGAGUCCAGGUGCUGCCACCCGAGUAACAUCAUUGUUGAAGCCCCAGGACACAUGACUGACAUAGAGUGGAUGAACAUUUUCAAGCCUUCCAAAAUGCAAAGGAUUGUUCGACACAAAACUUUGUGCACUUGUCCAGGAGGUGUCAGCGGAAUGAAAUAUAAUUCCUCAGCAAGUGAGCUCGUUGCUAUCCAGCCUCCUCAGUGUUUGCGGCCCUCAAAGUCUGCUGAAAGAGAAGAUGAGUCAGAGGCCCCUCCAGACAAAAGAGCCUCAUCCAAGAGUGUGUUCAUCAGCAAAGAUGCAGCAUCAUCCAAUGAAAAGGAUGACUUUUCUCCUACCAGUAAACUCCAGCGCCUGCUGGCCGAGUCUCGGCAGAUGGUCACGGAUCUGGAGCUGAGCACCCUGCUGCCCAUCAGCUGUGAGAAUCUCAACAGAAGUACAUUAUGUACAUGUGGCACCAUACCCAGCAGAUGAGGACUUUUUAAAAAACAACCAUAAUGACAUUAUGACAUGCAAGAAAACCAACUGGGGGCUGGAGAGAUGGUUCAGAGGUUAAGAGCACUGACUGCUCUUCCAGAGGUCCUGAGUUCAAUUCCCAGCAACUACAUGGUGGCUCACAACCAUCUACAAUGAGAUCUGGUACCCUGUCUGGCCUACAGGCAUAUAUGCAAGGAGAAUGCUGUAUACAUAAUAAAUACAUCUUUAAAAAAAGAAAACCAACUGUAAACCAGUGUCCUCUAAUGACUAUAUGUGCUAGCUCUUUCCCACUUAAUUGACACAUCUGUCUUCUCUUUAUUUGGAUCAGUAUCCAACCAAGGUCUGCCCUUUGCCAUUUCCUCCCCUAAAGUCUCUCUAAUCAUAGUUCAUUGUUUCUUUUCCCCUUCUCCCCUUUUCCUCCUCCUCCUCCACUUUUUUCUUUUUUUAUGUUUUUGAGACAGGGUCUCUCUAUGUAGCCCUGGCUAUUCUGGAAUUCACAGAUCCAUCUGUCUCUGCCUCCUGAGCGCUGGUACUACAGGUGUGUGCUAUUACUCCUGAUUCCCCUUUCAUUCUUUAUCUUUUUUGUUUGUUUGUUUUGAGGCCAGGAUAGAACAGCACUCUGGAUUUUACCAGCUCUUCCUUCACUGUACUGUGUGGCACCUUCCUCACCCAUAAUGCCUUAAACUGCUUUUGGAUCUAGGGACUUGACGACACAUACCUACCAAACUUCUCCCUAGUCAAAAUCUCUCAUUCUUUUAGAUUUUACACGUUGAUUUCUGCUGUUUCUUCUGAGCACAGUAAGAUUUCAGUGGCAGUUGUGUAAGCUGCCUUGUAGAUUUUAUUGCCUCUACCUAAACAGUGUACAGAACACUAGACUUGAGGUCUAUUGCCUGAUUGUGAAGUAAGAACUCAGAACUUAUGCUUCCCAUUUCAGAUUCAAGGAACAUUCCUUGGACAUGCUAUCUGUGUACUUAUAAAGAUAUUUGAAAGCCAUUUAAGUUAAACUGUUUUUGUGUCUCUAAUGAAAACUCCAAAUAACAACAACUGUACAGGGCUGGAGAGAUGUUAAGAGCACUGGCUGCUCUUCAGGAAGGUCCUGAGUUCAAUUCCCAGCACCCA